AUGGUCAAGAAGUAUUCAAGAAUAGCAAUCAUUGGAGGUGGUCCAACAGGGUUAGCAACUGCAAAGGCAUUAGGUGUUGAAGGUUUCCCUCAGAUUGAUUUAUUUGAAAGAAAAGAUCAAGUUGGUGGACUUUGGAAUUAUAAUGGUGAAUUAAAGACAAAAUGGGAAACAAAUAUUCCAAAUGUGCAUUAUAAAGAUGAAGACAAGUAUAUUGGUGAUGCUGUUGAUGAAUUUCAACAAAUUAAAGAAGUACCAAGUCCAAUGUAUAAACAUUUAGAAACCAAUCUUUUCAAAGAAAUGAUGGCAUUUAAAGAUUUUCCUUUUCCUAAAGAACUUGAGAGCUAUCCAACAAGACAAGAAGUUAUCAAAUAUCUUGAAAAUUACUCCAAAACUAUUUCAAAAGAUGUUAAAUUCAAUUUGAAUUCAAAUGUUGAAAGUGUUGAAAAAAAAGCUGAUAUUUGGGAAGUUAAAGUUUCAAUUAAUGGGUCUGAAGUUGAAACUAGGAAGUAUGAUGCAGUUGUUUUAGCGAAUGGUCAUUAUAAUCAUCCAUUCAUCCCAGAUACCAAAGGAAUUAAAGAAUGGAAUGCCAAAUAUCCAAAAUCAAUAAUUCAUUGUAAAUAUUUUGAUGAUUGUUUACCAUUUAAAAACAAAAGAGUCAUUGUUGUAGGUAAUUCUGCUUCAGGAGUAGAUGUCGCUAUUCAAUUAACUACAUCAGCUUCUAAAGUGCUCAAUUCUGUUAGAAAGAAGGCAGAAAUUGCAGACUUAAAAUGCAAAUCGAUUGAAGAAAUUGAUGAAAUCAUUGAAUAUGAUUAUGAAAAUAAAACUAUUAAGACUAUAAAUGGUGAUAUUUUUAAAGAUAUAGAUCAUAUUAUUUAUUGUACGGGUUAUUUAUAUUCAUUCCCUUUUUUGAAAAGUUAUUUGGAAGGUAAAGAUGCCUUACUAACAGAUGGUCAAAGAGUUAGAAAUCUUUACAAACAAUUAUUUUAUAUUCCAGAUCCAAGUCUUGUAUUUGUUGGAAUACCAGCUAACGUUGUUAUAUUCCCAUUUUCUGAAAAUCAAGCAGCUUUUGUUGCUAGAGGAUUAUCAGGAAGAUUAAAGUUCCCAAGUGAAAAGGAACAAAGAGAUGAAGAAUCAGAAAGAUUGAAAAUUAAAGGUGAUGUAAAAUCUUUCCAUUUCUUACCACCACCUGAAGAUUCACAAUAUUGUCAUGAUUUACAAAAAACUAUAGAUGAACAAGGGUUAAAAGAUGGAUUUGAAGGAAUUAUAUGGGAUGAAACAAAACUUGAAAUGAGAAGACAAGUUGGUCCUAGAAAAGCUCAAAGAUACUUAGAUGUUGUUGAGCAUGUUAAUGGAUUGAUUGCUAAAGGAGAACCUUUUAGGUUACUAAGGGAAAAAAUAUGA